AUGGAGAAGGGACCUUCGUUCAUAAAUGGAAAAAUUGUCCAACAAAUUCCCUUUUCCGACUCCUUUGGAUCUUGAGACAUUCCAACUUUGGAAUGUCUCUCUCUCUCUCUCUCUCUCUCUCUCUCUAGCUUUCAUCUUCCUCCACAAAUGUAACUGAAUCCUCUCUCUGGUUACUACCAUCCCCUACAUUCCAUUUUGACCCUGUUUAACAUUCCUCUCUGCAUACAUCUCUCUCUCUCUCUCUCUCUCUCUCUCUCUCUCUCUCUCUCUCUCUCUCAUAUACACAUGCAUGCAAACAAGACCCAGGUGAACUAACCAACAUGGCUUCCGGUAAGGCACGUAACAAGCAGCGGUCAUCAGGCUCUUCCUAUACGUCAACAGCAACCACCAUAGUCUUUGUUGCAUUAUGUGUUCUCGGCGUGUGGAUGCUGACCUCCAACUCGGUCAUACCACCACAAACCACCUCUCGCACCACCACCACCUCCGACGAGUCCACCUCUGCUGCCACUGCUGACUUCUCUUCGGCCAACAAAAACUCCCAGCCAAUUGAACUCACCGACAAGAAAAUCUCCGAGGCUUUUGAGGAUAAUCCGGGUCAGCUCCCUGACGAAGCCAUCAAAUCCGAUGAUACUACACAAUUGAAGGAAACAAACGGCAAUGAAAAUCCUACACAAUUGAAGGAAACUAAUGACAAUGAAAGGUCUCAGAUGGAACAAGAAAUUCAUGUUGCGGAGAGUAAUAACCGGGAAUCUGAAAAAGAUAGCAGAGCCGAAAGCAAGAAUGACGAAGAGAGUGUACCGAGGAAACCUGGAUCGGGUGUUGAAGAGAACCCUCAAGGGUUACAAGGGAAAGUGUCUGUUGAAGAACAAGAGAAGCAAAAAGAGCGCGAGAAUCAGGUGACCGAGGAAAGUUCAUUGACACAGAACCAACAAGAAGAAAGAAGAAUGAACAAUCAAGAAAGUAACGAAAAACAACAAAUUCAAGAGGAGAUGCAAAUGAAUGAUCAACGUCAGAAACAGGAAGAAGCGCAAAAGAAAAAACAUCAUCAACAAAAAGGACAACAUGGGCUUGAAGAGGGAACAAGCCACGACCAAAUAGAACAUGAUGAAGCAGUGCCCUUGCUGUCCUCUAAUAAGAAUGACAAUCAUACGUCUCAAGCAAAACCUAGCCCCAGACGAACCAAAACCGGGAGUUCAGAAACACAAAAUAGCAACGAUCAACAUGAGAGCCACUCAAAAAUAGACAACAAGAAGGAAGAGAAGCCAACUCAAUUAAAUCCGGAUGGAUCUUUAUUAGGGGGAGAGAGUUCAGGAAUACCAAAAGAGUCCAAAGAGUCGAAGAAAUCCUGGUCGACUCAAGCAGACCAAUCUGAGAACCAAAAGGAGAGACGGAAGAAUGGUCCGGACGAUCAAGAUGGUAGCAUCUAUGGGUACACAUGGCAGCUGUGUAACGUAACUGCAGGUACAGACUACAUACCCUGUUUGGACAAUGAGAAAGCAUUGAAGAAGUUGCGCACUACAAGGCAUUUUGAGCAUCGCGAAAGGCAUUGUCCUGAGGAGGCUCCCACCUGUCUGGUCCCUCUCCCGAACGGUUACAAGAGGCCUAUCGAGUGGCCUACAAGCAGAGAUAAGAUAUGGUACCAUAAUGUUCCUCACACGAAGCUAGCAGAGGUGAAAGGGCACCAGAAUUGGGUAAAGGUUACAGGGGAGUUCCUCACUUUUCCGGGUGGUGGCACCCAGUUCAUACACGGUGCUCUACACUAUAUUGAUUUCAUUGAAGAGGCAGUACCCGACAUUGCAUGGGGGAAGCGCACCCGAGUCAUACUGGAUGUUGGCUGUGGAGUAGCAAGCUUUGGGGGGUUCCUAUUUGAAAGAGAUGUUCUUGCAAUGUCUCUAGCACCAAAAGACGAACACGAGGCUCAAGUUCAGUUUGCACUUGAAAGAGGAAUACCUGCAAUAUCUGCUGUGAUGGGCUCUCAGCGGCUCCCAUUUCCAAGCAGGGUCUUUGAUAUCGUGCAUUGUGCGCGUUGUCGAGUUCCCUGGCACGAAGAAGGUGGCCGACUUCUUUUGGAAUUGAAUCGUGUUCUACGACCUGGGGGUUUCUUUGUCUGGUCAGCCACACCUGUGUACCAGACACUUGAGGAAGACGUAGAGAUCUGGAAAGAAAUGUCUGCACUAACAAAGUCCAUGUGUUGGGAGCUUGUUACCAUCAAGAAGGAUAAACUAAACUCCGUUGGUGCUGCCAUCUACCACAAACCAACAUCCAAUGAAUGUUACGACCAAAGAAAGCAAAAUGCAACUCCAAUGUGCAAAAGCGAUGAUGAUCCAAACGCUGCCUGGUAUGUAGCUCUGCAGUCCUGCAUGCACCGUGUGCCAGAGGGGGAGGUUGAGAGAGGGUCGCGAUGGCCUCAAAAUUGGCCUCAACGACUACAGACACCUCCAUACUGGUUAAACAAAUCCCAGAUGGGAAUUUACGGUAAACCAGCUCCAGACGAUUUUGCGAGAGACAACGAACACUGGGGCCGGAUGGUGAGCAAGACAUAUCUCAGUGGAUUGGGUAUCAGUUGGGACAACGUGAGAAAUGUCAUGGACAUGAGAGCUGUUUAUGGCGGGUUUGCUGCGGCUUUGAAGGACCUUAAGGUGUGGGUCAUGAAUGUAGUGAACAUAGACUCUCCAGAUACAUUGCCCAUAAUAUAUGAAAGGGGUCUCUUUGGGAUAUAUCAUGACUGGUGUGAAUCCUUCAGCACGUACCCCCGAUCCUACGAUCUCCUUCAUGCGGACCAUCUUUUUUCAAAGCUGAAAAAGAGGUGCAAAAUUGAACCAGUGAUGGCAGAGAUUGACAGAAUAGUCAGGCCAGGAGGUAAGUUGAUUGUCCGUGAUGAGUCAAGCACAAUUGGGGAAGUAGAGAACUUGUUGAAGUCAUUGCACUGGGAGGUUCAUUUAACCUUCUCCAAAAACCAGGAAGGAAUACUUAGUGCACAGAAGUCAGAGUGGCGACCAGAUUCAUAUGCAGCACGUUCUUGAUUUGGAGAUAACAUCAUACAGUUAACAAUACAAGGACCUCUUGGACAGUCUGUAAGCAAGGCACGAUAUUUCAAUAGCUAGUGUUGUAGUGUUCUGGUAUCUCGGACAUGUAGAGUUUGUCUGCUGAAAUACUGCAAGGUAAACAUACUUGUCAGUAGGUUGUCUAAUAAUAGCUGUAAGGAUUGGUGUAAUGCAAUCAGUUAAAAGCUUGUAGCACCUUUUUGGCGAAUAUUUCCCCUGAAUCUUAUAUUGCGCAAUACAGACUUGCACCCA